GCGGAGCCCGGCAGGGGGAUGAUGUCACCCGGAGCGAGUAGCGCGCGGCGUGGAACGCGUGUCGCGACCCCGGCUCCCGGCAGUGGCGCGCGCCGGCUCUCGCGCCGCACGGGACACGAGGACUGGGCGGGCAGCGAGUUGAGGCUAAAGGUUGGAUUUCAAGGCGGAGGCAGCUUCCGGAAGGACGCGCUCCGGUUGGAAGGUGGAGUGAGCGCCUGGUGGACUAGGGCACCUCAUUCUGCACCCCUGAGCCCGCCUCGGGAACUGCACGCGGCACCCCCACCCGCGACUCCCACGCAGACGGUAGUGCGGCCUGCAGGGUUCCCCCGGCGGAAGAGGCUAAUGGUUCGCUCCGCCCCGCCCACACAGAGGCCGCCCACUAGCUCCGGCUGCGUUUCUGGACUCCGGAGGAUGGGACUUGGCCUUCGCCCUCAGACGCUCUUAAGGGUAGGCGGCGUUGUCCUCAGUUCUUCCCCUGCACUCAGACCCAGACGGGGUCCCGGCCUCCGCCCUCGGACUAGCCCCUUGGAAGCCGGCCUGUCUCCGCCUUUAGACCUAGGGAGAGGUCUCAACCUCUGCUCUCAGACUCCGAAAAGGGCUUCUCAAAGACUUGGCCUGACCUCAGCUCCUCAUGUUACCCCACAUCUCAGCACACCAACACAGGGGUGCAGGACAGACACACAGACACUCAAUGAGGGUCAAAGAUCUUUAAAUAAGGUGCCAGGGACAAUAAAUACUGUACAGGGACAGGGUGCUCGUGAGCGUCCAGAUCUGUGGUUUCAGCCUCGAGAUUCCAAGGACCUGCAAGGGGGGUGGAGAAGGGACCUGGGUUCAACCGGGGCUCCAGGUAGAUGAGAGGCAGGAUUGGGGAUGCAGAGGCAAGGUGGGUGGGCUGAGGGAUCCCAGCCCCAGUAGGUUCCACAUCUUGGGAUGGAAGGAAGCUAAGGGGUCCCCAGGGGAUUCGGCCAGAAGAGCCUGGGGUGAGGGCCUGGGCCAGGGGUCAAGGGUCAGGAUCCCAGAGAAGGGGUCAGGGCUGGAAUGUCCAGGAAUCACUGGCCUGGUUUGGGAGCCUGGGGUUAAAGGGUGCCAUAGAGGCCCCAGGGGUGUAGUGAUCCAGGGACUCACGAGUA